AUUAUAUUUGCGCGUAUUUUUACUAUUAUUUUUAUAUUACCUCUAAUACUUUAAACCAUGGCAUUCAAGACCAUUUCUGUCCUGGCUCUUUCCGCCCUCGCUGCUCUCAGCACCGUAUUUGCGGUUCCUCAAGAUAUCGACAACCCUCUCCCUACCGAUAUUAACGCCCUGCUUUCACAGGCAAACAUUGACUUGACCUCUGGAAUGGCAGAGGCUGCAUCCUUGUUUAACGACCCGGCUUUCCAGGCUUCCAUAAGCAACGCUGCUCUGUCUUUUAGCGAGUUUGCGGAGAAAAACCCGGCUUCAAUUUCUGCCAUUUUUGCUAGCCUGUCUGCUCAGUUUGGAAUUUCUGCCGACAAUAAGGACAAGGACGACGAGGAUGAGCACGACCAUGACCAUGGUCAUGAGUCCGCUGACGAUAAGGAUAUUUCUAGCAAUGAUCACGACCACGACCAUAAUCAUGAUGACACGUCAAGCUCCUCUGGUGCCCCCAGCACUAAGCCCCUUGCCGGCAUGGUUGUUGCUGCUGGUCUGGCCGCUUGCGCCGCUUUUUUUUAAUACAUUGAUACAGCCGUGCAAUUCUGAUGAAUUUAAAUUUAAUUGAUGAAUGCAAUUUAGUUAGAGCGCAAGCUCAGUUUUUUUACUGGAGGUGCGUAGUUUGGUAAAAAACAAUUACACGCAUUUAUUUUAUGUUAUAUUUACAAGAUGCACUCAUAGACUUCAUAUAUGGCUUCAGUUUAC